AUGCUGCCUGUUUCACGACCUGAGGGUCAUAUGAACCUCAAUUAUAUUCCCACCACUCAACCGAUGUCUGGGACAUCUACGGGGCGCAGCUCCCCAAGCGAUUUGUCCACUGCCGCCGCCGUCAAGUCGCCAUUUGGACCAAGCGGUUUAAAUGGCGCUGCAGGGUCAAUUGGAAAUGCGAGGCUAGGGGCUGGAUCCCCCUCUCAUGACCUUGGAGCUCGCCUAUACUCGAAAAGAGCUCGAGAAAUCCAGGCGGAGGAAGGCGUCUCCCCAAGUAUUUGGGGCCCCCCUACCAGUGGCCAUUCUACCCCGCUUCGCGAAAACAUCCCCGAGUCCCCAAGCCAAGAGGGUUUCCCUGACCUGGUGCCUACUUCGAGCGGUUCGAUCAAUAGCCCUGCACGAAGAGCUAGAGCUGGCACGGUUCCCUCGAGAUUUUCACCGGUUGGUGCGCUAAAUGAGGCAAGCCUUCAACAAUCUUUUAUGUCUCAAACUUCUCGGCCCACGCCGUCGACUAGUCCUUUUCGCCCCUCUGGAGUUUCAGGAAUCGACACAGGUGCGACUGUUGCUCCCGUUGCUCCUGUUGCUCCUGCUAGGGGUACAGGCUCUCUGUCACGUCUCCGAGCUGGUUCGAUGCCACAGAGGGCAAACUUCCUCGGCUCGUCUAGCCCGUUUGGACCAUCCUUGUUCUCUACUAGUUGGGCGACCGGGCGCGACCGGGCGACCACCCUCACGAGUAUCCGGUCCUCUGAAGGGCCUACUUCUCCUAGUCAUUCGUCCUUUUCAAGAGAUGGACUCACGGACACCGAUGUUAAGACGCUGGACUACCUGGGUCUUGCUGAGACCCCGCAACAAGCACGAGCCAGCCUUGUGCGACCCUCGGUGGACAUGCUCCUCCAACAACAGCAACAACAGCAACAUCAACAGCAGCAAGCGUCUUCUCUGCCACCGUUGUUGGCGGAAUUAGCUAUGAUGAAAAACAACAAUAGGUUUCGGUCAUAUUCUGUGAACGCCAAGGAAAAGUAUGCGGACGAUGAAGACCUCGAGUACGAGAGCCGUUACUCGCAGAUUCCCUCGGGUACUGUUACACCCUCAGCCGCAGCAACUGCUGCCCAGCUGGCUGCUACCCAGGCUCAGAUCCAUCAACACAAUUUGGCUGUCCAAGCAUUUGCUAACCAUGCUUCCGUUAACCGGCCGCGGGCUAGGACUGCCGGUAUUUUAGAGGCUCCUCCUCAGCGGUCCUCGAUUCGUAACUAUCUAGCCACUCCUUCGCGCCUUGAGAACAGUUUUAGCGCUGCUGAUUUGAAUAUUGCGGAGAGUGGAGAGUAUGAUGAAUUGUCAGAGGCUGUGCAGAUGAUGCAUCUGGGCGGAAGUGGUGCUCCUAAUCUGGGCAUGCGACAAGGUGAUGUGGUUGAUGAGAAUAAUCAGGAUGGUCCGACACGUGCCUUAUGGAUUGGCAGCAUUCCAGUUUCCACCACAAUCACUUCUUUGGCAGCCAUCUUUAGCAGAUACGGCAAAAUCGAAUCCACCCGGGUGCUGACGCACAAGAACUGUGGAUUCGUCAAUUUCGAGCGUGUAGAAAGCGCCGUCCAGGCCAAAUCGAUACUCAAUGGCACGGAAAUCUUCCCUGGCGCAGGCCCGGUCCGGAUUGGAUAUGCCAAAGUCCCUGGCACCUCUGCAUCCGGGACUCCUGGGGUUAACGGCAUCCAGUCCUCCCCCACCCCUGAUCCCAACGCCAAGUCCAGCGCUGCUGAUGGCGUGGAAAGCUCUGAUGCAGGGGCCGCUGUUCCGCAGAUCCCUCCCCUUCAUGAGCUCCAGCCAGAGAUGGUGCAGAUCGUCAAGGAAUUUGGCGCUAGUGAUGAAGACACGCUCAAUAUAACUGCCAGUAUCCAGCAGGCCAUUACUUUUCAGGCAUUUGAAGACGAGAUCCCUCCAAUCCCUGAGCCUAGCCAGGCCAGGAUGUUUGAUGCCCCACGUCUUCGCGAUAUUCGCAAGAGAAUUGAUAACGGCGCAUGCUCGGUCCAGGAAAUCGAAGAGACUGCGAUCUCGAUGCUACCGGAGAUUGCAGAGCUUGCCUCUGACUAUUUGGGUAACACCGUGGUGCAAAAGCUUUUUGAGUUCUGCUCUGAACCGAUCAAAGAGCAAAUGCUUGUUCAAAUUGCACCACACCUUGCUGAGAUUGGUGUUCACAAGAAUGGUACCUGGGCUGCGCAGAAAAUCAUUGACGUCGCUCAGAGUCCAAAUCAGAAGAGCAUGAUUGUGGAGGCACUCCGCCCGUACACCGUCCCACUUUUCCUUGAUCAAUACGGAACUACGUUUUACAAUGUUGUCUUCGCUUUGGCUCUUCGUUUAAUGACUUCAUUUUCGAGACUAUGCUGA